CCUAUCAUAGACUUUGGGAGUAUGAAGGUAGUCCUGCUUCUAUGCAUCGUGGGCUGCUACAGUGGUUCGAUAUUGGUCUGCACUGCUGAAGAUGCCAAGCUGCUGUCCCAGCCGGAACAGAGUACAUCCCCUCCCACGCCAUUAGGAAAUUCGCCCCAUGUCGCCGAUGGUGCCAGACACGCAAGCGAUGGGGUGUCCUCAGAAACACCCGGAGCCUUGAACCGGGUGUCGAGAGCUGCACGCGCCUUUGACGACGCCAGUGGUUCCGUCGACGACUACAGAGUCCUUCGGGCGGCUUUGAAUCCACCUAGGCGACACCGGUUUCUACAUUUUGGGCGCAAAAGGGCCCUCUUGGCACCGUACUACGGGUCUCCGGCACUCAGCUCCGUUGCCACAGCCUCGGGCGAAGAAGAAGCCGAGUGGAGUGGAGGAGAAGAUGAAGACGACGACGAGGUGACCACGUCCCAGGAGGGCCCCGAGGCGGCUGCUCUACAAUGGGCCAAGAGGACACUUCGAGACGGGCCCAACAGCUUCCUGCACUUUGGCGAGAGAGAACCGGAGGAGGAAGGAAGCGGUGGAGAACAACUGAGGUUCAAGCGAAAUGCGCAGGAGGCCAAAUCUCUCGAGGCUGCUCACAUGCUGAAUACAGGCGCAGAAGGCUUCGAAGCCUUCAACCUACAAGCGGAGUCUCAAGACUCGGACAACCUUGUUCCAGCAUCGAAGACCAAGCGCUCUCCAAACCACAUCAUGCACUUCGGCAAGCGGCUGCAAACUGCUUCAACGGUUGAUGAAAACGACGGCGUCAAACGAGGAUCUCAUAACAGCAUCAUGCACUUUGGCAAACGUAAUAACCAGCAAGAUGUUGAUGCCAUCUUGGAUAACGUCUACUCAACCAUGGAUGGCACGUCAGGGAAGCGUGGUGCAAACCGUAUGAUGCACUUCGGAAAGAGGGAUCCGGAAUACGGACUUUCGACUGGACUGGAAGGCGAACCCGAUUUGGACUUCGUAUCCGCUGACAAGAAAGCUCCUAACAGGAUUCUACAUUUCGGCAAGAGGCCCAGCAGCAGUAGCAGUAGUGGAGAAGGCGACGGUGAUGUGGAGGAAGCUGAAAAAGAUAAACGAGGGAACCGCAUCAUGCACUUUGGAAAGCGAGAAGACGAAGAUCUGUCCGGAAUGAGUCUGUCCUCAAUGAACGACGCAUCGACCGCCGCAGUCAAGAGGUCCGCCUCCGCACGCAGCAAGUACUCCGGCAGACCGGACCAGCUGCAGCCAUUCAGUGGUAUCGGGAGACAACUUCAGAGGCAGUUUCAGGAGUGGAAGAAGCGAAACCGCAUUCUUCACUUUGGCAAAAGGGAACCGCAGAGGUCUGUGAGUUACUACCAGCAGAAGCGCCUGGGAAACAGAAUCAUGCACUUCGGCAAGCGAGCUGGUUAUCCAUUUAACGCUGAUGGUGCGUCAUCUGCCCACGCAGCAAUGAAGGACAAAAAGCUAAAGCACUCCAUUCUCCAUUUCGGCAAACGCGAGGACGGGAUAGUAUCUGUAAUGGGAGACGACAAGCGCAAUCGAAUAAUGCACUUUGGGAAACGAAUCGGAAAUGACGACCAAGAAUAUCAGUAUGGACAACAGCUUCCCAUGGACAAGCGGGCGGGAAACAGGAUUCUUCACUUUGGUAAAAGGCUGCAGGCGCCCUCAUCGCCUAGCACCUGGGAUUACGGGAUCGACGCAGCCGCAGAAACAUCCCGUACUGCAGCUAACAAGAGGGCUCAUCGAAUCCUCCAUUUCGGCAAACGGGACAGCGGCGCCAACUACGGCGAUGGCGGUGUGGAGUCAAACCCUGUCGUCUUGGCGCAACACUUGGACGAGGCCGACGCAUCCAAGGUCUCGGGGGGUCACGGUCAGCCCGAGACACAGAAUGUCAUCAGGAAGAAGAGAUCCACCCCACCUGUGGAGAGCAGUGACUACAUUGACGACACUCUUGCCCAGAUGAUGGGCGAGCUGAUGGGUGAAGAUGGCUACCCGGACAGGAUCACCAUGGGUCACUCCGGCUUGUCCGGGCCGCUGCACCUACCUCACGCGUACGUGGCCGCGCAGGUUUACGGGAACGCAUUUCCGCGCAUGCUCAGUCGACCCAGCCGGAGCGACAGGUUAUUCCGUGCAUUGUACAGCGGAGAACAUGGCGUCGAGAUGAUGCCGAAAGGCCAGUCUCGCAAUGUGUUCCUGCACUUUGGCUGAGUUUGUUCCACACUUCACGAUGCUGAGCCGUGGCAAAAGAAAACUUUCUCCUCUUAAGAUUAUCUUCCCUUCAUGCUUUGCUCUGAGCACCAGGGUUUCUUUCUCCGCCUGUCUUCUGUUAGUUCCCGUCCUUUUACGUCAUGAAUGAAGAAGAUCUCGUUGAAGACGAACCUGAGCGCAGUCCUUGGUGUUUUCAGUUAUUAGGUCUCCACUCAAUGGUUGUCUGAAGUCAUUUGCGAUCUCCAUUGACGUCGUUUUGUAGGUGUACAGGACAACGUCCAUGUUUAUUGUUCACUCGUAUUUAUUUAUUUCUCAUUUAUCAAGGGAGAAUAAUAGGAUGGUGGUGACUCCUUGUAGCUGAAUCAUUCACAGAACCUGUUCCUGAACAAUUCGAAACCGAGUAUGCACUCAUUCCAUACAUAUGCACGCCUACUACGAGGCCAUUGCCACACUUCUUUCUCGGUUUACGUAGCGUGUACUGCACUUCAGUUCACCCUGAAUGGCGUAAAUUUAAUUUUUGCCUGGCAGGAAUGCGUGACAAAUUUCGUGAAUUCCGUAAUGGUAUAGUUUGCCUUUUGUGAAACUUUCUUUAUCGAGUAUGAAAAAAAAAUGGCACUAUUUCUACUUCCUUAUGUCGAAGCAAACUGUGAUACCUCUCUCGUUGACCGGAAUGAUGCACUCUUUUCAUUCCUCGCACACUCCUGAAUUCCAUCGCAAUUGACUAUUUCACUUCGGUGUCUUUUUCUACAGAUGUUAUUCCGACUAUUUCAACGCAUGCUUUUCAUCGAUUGGUAGUUCUCUCACUCCCCACAUUGUUUACAAGUUAGUUAUCAGUAACGAUGUUCCGAUAACUAAAAAAACGUCUGUGUGCGCCGCAUGAGUGCAGGAAUAUUCAUUUUCGAUUUUACAACGUACGGAUAUUUAUGUUAAGUCUGCGAGAAGUUGUCGGAAUAUGGCAUAUAUACACGGACAUGUUACUACGUUGUUCAAUGUUUUCAGGUCGCGUUUGCUUCGUUAGUUGAGUUGUGUCUGACAAAGGGUAAAUAACUAAGAACUCUCAGCGCUACCUGUUGAAUAAUUCACCACAGAAAAGGUAGUCGCGUGAAGGCACAACUAAUCUGCCUCUGGUGAGCACGGAAUGUCCUGACACUGCUCCUUUAAGACUUAAGCGAUGCUCUUGAAAGCUGGAAACGUUCUGUCACGUGAAAUAUUCUUGACGGUGAGAAUAACGGUUCACGUUUAAAUGUAGUCUUCAGCAUUGCGUUCAUUUAAAAAAGUCAUUGGUCUUAAAAGCGUACAUUUUUAUAGUACGGCUUGUUCAAUGCUAAAACAUAGUCGUCUUUUUUUUUUCUGGCUGCAAAAGUAAUCUAUGCAGGCUACUUUUAAGAAAUGAUGGUGUCCUUAGUUUAUUUGACAAUCAUUUUAUUUUCUCUAUCCACAUCAUUCGCCUUUAAACCGGUGCGUUGACGUAUUUUUAAAAAUGACAAGCAGGUGGUGAACUUGCUCAUGAUGAAAAUAUAGAGUGUAAUUUCUAAUCCCCUGAUUUCUUAGCUUCUCAUGCGAUUGGCAUCCACUGAGCGCUUUGUAUAAGAACUGCACGCUUUUAAGCAAAGUAAAUGACUCCAGUUUUUUUUUUUUUUUCAGAGGCUGGGUCAGUAUGGCUCGAAAGUUAAAUUUUCCCAGCUUAAAACUUCACCUAACAAAUCCACAUUUGGAAGCAACACAUGCAGAACAAACCUUUAGUCACUCGAAGUUAGCUAUCAAGCAAAUACGUGUAUAUGUAAAAUAGAAGUACUUUUUUGUCACAAGGUUAUUUUAGGGUGUUGAUUUUAAUUUUAUUUUGAUGUACAAAGAACGAAAAAAAACCUUGCACAAGAUCUCUUUUUCUGAAAGCUGAAUUUGAGAAGCGCUAGCUUUUGCAGUCUCUUUUAAUGUCUGUUGGCUCUUCGAAGUUUACAAGCUGAACUUAAGUCUCGGUGAAAUAAUUGAUCACAUAUACCGCACAGAAAAGCAGCCAUUCUUCAAUGAAAUAAUUAUCAUGCAGAGAAGAAUGAAGUUGAUGGCUGCAUCAGUUGGGUGUUUAAUCAAUUGGCGCUGUUACAAUAAAUAGAAAACAACACUGAUGCAACGUUAUUAUUACAGUCAGCUAAGAUUCAACGGCAGAAAACAACCAUUUGACAACAAGAACUUGUAUGCUGUUUAAAGCAUAUAUGUGGGUUUUUUUGGCUUGGUAUUGUUCCCUUCCUUCAAACUAGAAGCAACAUGCAUCAUCAGAUCGUGAUGCGCGCUUAUUGCCUUGAACUGUACUAUAAACAUUAUAUUCGGGCAAAAGCUAUACAGACAUGCAAAAUUUAGUGCCUAAAAAUAUUACGUGACUAUAAUUCACAGCAAUUACAACUUUCGUACUUGAGAAAUUCUCGACUUAAAUUGGUGGUCAGAGUCAAAGAACAUACCUGUCUAUUAAAUUCUUGAUGGCAGAAGCUUGUUCACCCGUUCAGCUGUUCUGUGAGGUUUCUCUUUACCUAUAUAGUAAUUGAAUGAAUACUGAACGAGCGAAUUAAAACGAGCUUAUCACGCUUUGCCCGUAAGAGACAAAACUUUAUUACGGCAUUUCUUUCCCCGUGUCACCUCUUCAGAAGUCAUUGUGUAAAUAUGUGAUUGCAUGCCCCUCUGAGAAAAGGAUGUUAUUUUUGUGAAUAGCAAUAUCCGCUCUGUUACCCAUCCGGUAAGGUUGCGCUCUGAGUGUGAUACCACGUUUUGUUGUGCCGUAUGUCUCAAGAUUGUGCUUCACUUUGUUCAUCAUGUGCUAUUUAUUUCACCACACGCGCUCAGGUUGAUGUCUCCAACAUUGUGAAGUCGCACGUAUUUAUUUAAUUUAUUUCGCUAUUUAUUUACGAGAGGCCACAUUUUCAGCCUCACUCAACUGUCUUCAGGCUGAGAAGUGGCCGAAUGAAUGGCUCCAUACAAGAGAAAUACCACUGGAGAAUGAACGACCGUGCGAAUAAAAGAAGGACGUUGACAAUCUCAACUGGACGACCAAACAAAGCGCACGAGAAUAAAAAAAUAUCAGAAUGUUUAAAAAUUGAAAAA